AUGGGGAAGAAACUGACGAUGAAGAUCCACAAACGAGAUGGCAUCAUCGACUUUCUUCAACGCACGGAGAAGUUCCUGAGAAGCGGAGAUGAAUUAGAUGAGGACCAAAUCAAGUUCCGGCUGGAGAAAUUGGAACUUAAAUGGGACGAAUUCGACGAGGUGCAGUCGGAAAUCGAAGGCUGCGAGGAAUACGAGAGCAAUGCGGAUGCUCAUCGUGAAAUAAGGGCCGACUUUGAGGAAAAAUACUUUGAGGUAAGGGCAGGGUUGGUAAAAAAGCUACCACAACGAUCCGGACAGGUUGCGAUGCAAAAUAUACAACAAAACGAGUCGUUUGAUUCGACUGGCGUGCAUUCGUACGUUAGAUUACCGCAAAUAAAUUUACCUGAAUUCGAUGGCAAUUAUGAAAAAUGGCUUCCAUUUCAUGAUACGUUCAGAGCCCUGAUUGAUUCGUCUCCACAAUUAAGUAAUAUUCAAAAAUUUCAUUAUUUGCGGGCUUCUCUUAAGGGUGAUGCACUUAGACUGGUUGAUUCUUUUCCGAUGAGCGAUGCGAACUACAGGGUUGCUUGGGAUGGCUUGGUUUCACGAUUCUCUAACCGUUAUCUGCUCAAAAAGCGUCACUUGAAUGCGUUGUUCGAGUAUCCGAGAAUGAAGAAGGCAUCGGCGGCUGGAAUACACGAUUUGAUUGACUGUUUCGAGCGAAAUACGCAGAUUUUGGACCAACUUGGAGAAACAACGAGUGGCUGGGGAGCAAUGUUGACGCAUUUGAUGGUUUCGAAACUCAGUGAAACGAUUCAGGUACAGUCGGAGGAGCACGUUUCACAGAAGGAUGAGCCAAGUUUUAAGAUGCUGGUUACUUUCUUGAAAACGCAGACUCGGAUUUUGGAUGCAGUAUUUGUGGAUCAGCGAAUCUUUAGUACAAGCGUGACAUCUUCGGCUGUUGGUAGCAAAUCCCAUCCAACGAAACUUUCGGUCAACUCGGCGACAGAAACUAGCGGUCCAAAUUGCAUAGCAUGCAGCGAGCAACAUUUUCUUUCACGUUGUCCUUCAUUCAACAAGCUGCCGGUUGAUAAGCGACUACAGUUGACCAAUUCCAAAAGGCUUUGCAGUAAUUGUUUGGGACGAAAUCAUCUGGCGCGUGAUUGUCCUUCUAAGUAUCGGUGUAGGACUUGUUCAAAGAAGCAUCACACGCUUCUUCACCCUGGAUUUCCUGGAUCUGGUUCUACUGCAACAUCGACCUCGAGUCAAGACGAUAAUUCAGCUUCUCCGUCAACUUCUGGUGUUACUCCGAACUCUGGUGGAAUGGUUUCUAGUUCGGUUGCGACAAUUUCUUCUAAUAUGGCGAUGGGAGGCUCGAAGUCACACGUCUUCUUGUUGACAGCGGUUUUGGAAAUGAAGGAUUAUUGUGGUAGGAUACAUCAUGCGAGAGCUUUGUUGGAUUCUGGAUCGCAGGAAAACUUGAUGUCUGAGCGGUUUUGUCAAUUAUUGAAGUUACCAAGACGAAACAAAAGGGUUGAGAUUGUGGGUAUAGGACAAGCUAGACGGCGGACAGCUUACGAAGUUUCAACAAAUAUUGCAUCACGAAUUCGGGAUUUCUCAAUAUUAAUGGAUUUUUUGGUUUUGGGGCAGGUUACGGAUAAUCAGCCAUCUACAUCGCUUCCAUUAGAAACUUGGAAACCACCGCAAGACAUGGUUUUGGCGGAUCCCGGAUUCUACGCUUCCGGUCCUAUAGAUCUAGUAUUGGGUUCUCAAUUCUUUUAUGAUUUUCAUCUGCUUCACGGUGGCCGGUUUCAGAUUCGAAAAAUCAACGACGAUUUACCAGUAUUCGUAAACACGGUAUUUGGUUGGGUAGCUGCUGGCGAAGCGAAUCUUGGCGGAAAUUUCGGGAGAGUCAGCUGCAAUUUGGCUCUCGCCGAUCCUUUGGAUAAAGCCAUCGAGAAAUUCUGGACUAUCGAAGAGCUUUCAGAAAAACCACAACGGUCUCAGGAGGAGAAAGAUUGCGAAGCGCACUUUCAGCAUACGAUCACACGAGACGAUACGGGGCGGUAUAUGGCAAGAUAUCCAAAGCGAGCUGGUUUUUACGAGAUGAUUGGUGAUUCGAAGGAGACGGCUCGGCGAAGAUUUCUGCAAAUCGAAAGACGGCUUGGAAAAAACGCCAAUCUACGCAAACACUACAACGCUUUCAUGCAGGAAUACAUCGAUUUAGGGCACAUGAAAGCAGUGGGAAUGGUGGACGAGAUUCCGAAGACAGAAAAAACGGUUUGCUACCUCCCUCAUCAUCCUGUGUUUAAGGAAUCCAGCUCGACAACGAAAGUGCGAGUAGUCUUUGAUGGAUCAGCCAAGACUUCGAGCAAUUAUUCGUUAAACGAGAUACUUCUUACCGGACCGGUAAUUCAGGAUGAUCUUUUCGAUUUAAUGCUUCGUUUCCGUAAGAACGCUGUCGCGUUAGUUGCAGACGUAGAGAAGAUGUAUCGACAGAUUCGUAUACACCAGGAAGAUACUCCUCUACAGCGAAUCUUGUGGCGUUUUGAUCCAAGAGAUCCGGUUCAAAUCUACGAGCUCCAAACGGUCACGUACGGUUUAGCCCCAUCAUCUUUCCUCGCCACUAGAGUUCUGCAGCAGCUGUCGAUGGACUAUCAAGCCAAAUACAGCAAGGGUUCGUUGGCAGUAUCAGAGGACUUUUACAUGGACGAUCUUCUCUCCGGUGCUGAUACUGUUGAAAACGCACGGAAGCUGCGUGAUGAAGUCCAAGCACUAUUAGCAGAAGGCGGGUUUCAGCUACGCAAAUGGAGUUCAAAUCGAAGUGAGUUACUGCAGGAUCUACCAUCUGAAGUAUUGGGCGUAGCGGAUACAUUACGUUUUGAGCCGGAGCAGAAAAUAAAGACACUAGGAGUAGUAUGGGACCCACAGCUGGAUCAGCUUUGUAUCGAAGUACAGCCGAUAGAAGCUGAUACGCAGUGGACGAAACGGAAAAUUUUCUCGGCAAUAGCAAAGCUCUACGAUCCGUUGGGACUCGUGUCACCUGUUGUAGCGUGGGCAAAAAUGCGACUGCAACAUCUUUGGUUAGCUUCUAUUGGCUGGGAUGAUCCAGUGCUGCCGGAAAUUGAGUCAAAAUGGACGGAAUUCUACUCACAGCUUCCCUUACUACAAAGCUUCAGGGUUACACGGUUCAUAUGGUUGCCUGAUACGUCAACAGUCCAGUUUCACGUCUUCUGCGACGCGUCAGAAGUUGGAUACGGUGCAUGCAUUUACGCUCGGUCGAUCAGCUUGGAAGGUCAUGUGAAAGUGGAAUUAAUCGCAUCGAAAUCGCGCGUAGCGCCACUGAAACGAAUUUCGUUACCUCGGUUGGAACUAUGUUCCGCAUUGCUCGCUGCUAAGCUGUAUUCAAAAAUCUCCGCAGCACUAAGAAUGGAAGGUAAACCAUGUUGGUUUUGGUCAGAUUCAAUGGUGACGCUGCAUUGGAUACGCGCGCCACCCAAUACUUGGCAAACAUUCAUUGGUAACCGCACUUCUGAGAUUCAGUUACUUACCCACGGUCAUAACUGGCGUCAUGUCAAGGGAUCCGAUAACCCUGCGGAUCAAAUCUCACGCGGUGCAUUACCCAAGGACUUUAUCAACAGCAUGAACUGGCUACAUGGUCCGGCAUGGCUUCUAGACGAUGAGCAUUGGCCCUACAACGCUACAUUGGAUACCCCAUCCGAAGAAUUAUUGGAGCGGAGAAAAACGGUAGCAGUAUCACAAAACGUUUGUCAACCGGAUUCCUUAUUUGAGCGAUACUCAUCCUUUCUGCGUCUAGUUCGUGUUACCGCAUACAUACUACGCUUUGUGAACCGUUGCCGAUCAAAAAACAAUCGCACUACGGAAUCGUUUCUCAGUACGAAUGAAUUAAACGAAGCCAAGCAAGGGCUAGCGAAAGGUGUACAGCACAAGGAAUUUGCACAGGAACUGAAGGAUUUGAAACAAGGAAAACCCGUAUCACGUCAGUCAUCGUUAAAACUACUACGUCCGUUUCUCGAUGAAAAGGGAAUAAUUCGCCUUUGGGGUCGAAUACAACAAUCCGACGAAAGCUACCAAACCAAGCAUCCCAUAGCCUUGCCAAGCAAACACCCAUUAGGUUUUGCACGAUGA